AGGAGACGGCGGCGUUGCUGGCGCAUGGGACUCCGAGGAGUCUCGCGGUGUUGGAUGAGUUGGGGCGCGGCACCGCCACCUUCGAUGGCGCGGCAAUUGCCUCGGCGGUCUUGAAGGAGUUGAAGACGGUGGGCUGCCCGGUGCUCUUUGCCACCCAUUACCAUCCUGUCUCCAAGAAGGCCGUAGAGGACACGGCCAAGGUGGCACCUUUUCACAUGGCCGCCACUGUAAACAACGUAACCAAUGAGAUGACGUUCUUGUACAAGUUCCUUCCAGGACUUUGUCCCGCCUCCCACGGCCAUAAUGUGGCCCAGAUCGCUGGACUACCGGAGAAGG